AUGGCGGCACAUAGUGAUUUAUAUCCAGACAUGUUUUCCUCUGUGAACACUGUAAUGGACAAUGCGUUGAGGUCAUCCAACAUCAUCGACGUUUCAGAGAUGAAAGAUAUGCUUUAUUCCAAUAGUAAACUCCGUCAACUUGAGGACGUUGAUCCUGAUAUUAAUGUUUUCAAUGGUAUUUCUCUUGACUGUUAUUUAAUUUUACCUGAGAAUGUAAGCACAUUUGAUUUGAUAGCUGUUACCGAAACAUGGUUAACUUCUGUUACGGCUGAUUUGGUUAGCUUGCCUGGAUAUAAUAUUGUGUGCAGGAAUAAUCGUGGUGGGGGUGUUGUCAUUGAUUCCGGUUAUAAAAAAUAUGUUCAGGGGUUUUUGGAUACAUUUGUUCUGUUUGAAUGCCUUCCGUUUAAAAUCAUUGAUGUCGUUAAAAAUAUUAAAAAUUCUAUUUAG